GUGCUGGUGGGCGAGGCUGCAUGGUCUGGGGAGAGAGUGUCGGAGCUGAGGCAGCUGGCUCGGCAGAUUCAGCUACACGUGGCAGAAGACACUGCCCAAGAUACACCCCUCGUCGCUGAGGUUGAACGCCUUGGAUUCAGAAUUACCAACCUGACUGAAGCCAUUACUCAGCUCAGUAGCAAUUUGGCAUUACAAGUUGAUGCUGAAAACCAGCAACAAGAAGAGGCUGCUCUACAUGAGUUACAAGCUGGUAUUAAUGGAGCCCAGACUCUGUUAGCAUUACCUGAACCUGGGUUAGAAGAGGCAGCCGAACGGGCAGUCCAGCUGAAAGACCAAUUAGUGGCUUUAGGUAGUUCUGGCGGGCCCAUUAUUGAGAGUGGCCCAACACAGGUGGUAGAGGCUUGGCAAAUUGCAGUUCGUGAUACACACUCUCGUUAUGAACAAGUGGUGGCGGGUCUCAGUGGAGAUGAUGAGCAACUUGCAGCUGCACUGAGUGCUUGGAAACAGUAUGUGGAUAGUGUGGAGCAAGAGAUGAGUUCACAAGCCCCAGCCUCUCGUGAGGGUCUGCACGAGGCUUCCCGCCUCUGCCAGGUUCACCGUUCUAUCCUUACCACACAGACUAAUGUCUUGCUAACACUUCAAGAGCAAGCACAACAAGUGGAUGCACCUUCACGAAUUAGAAACCUACAAGGCCGCCUACGUGAACUUAUUCUACGCCACAAAACUGUUCUUGCUACAGUGAGUGAACAAGAGCAGAUUAUACUCCAGACAAUUGCCACUUGGGAAACUUAUCGUGUCAAAGUAGCUCAGUUGCAAACCUGGAUAUUGGCACUGGAGCAAGAGAAACAAGGCCUGCAGUUGAGGCAGGUUGCUCGUAGACGACUUGACAAAGUUAUCAGUAGACUGCAGUCGUUGCUGGAGCAACUAUGCCGUGGAGAAGAACAAGUAGAUGAUGUUGCAAAACUUUGCCAGAAGUUGGUAUUAUCAUGUGAUCCAAGUAUACACCCCAUUUUGAAGGCCGAAUUAGCAUCUCUGCAGCAACGAGUGACCAACAUGCGUGCUGGUGUAGAAACAUGGCUGAGUUAUCUCAACAAAAGCUCUAAUUUGUGGCGGCGCUAUGAAGAAGUUUACACCAAACUCUAUACCAUUUUAAGCGAGUUACAGGCUGGAUUAUCUUCUGAUCUUCCUUCUGAUUUCAGCAGUGUUCAAGAAACAAUCAAGAAAUACCACGAAAUCACUGCUUCUUUAGAAGCCCUAAGUGGAGAUUUAUCAUUGUUAAGAACCACUCGUGAAGAGAUGAUAGAUUCACUAACUCCUGCUGACCUUCGUUUAGUAACCCAGCGAAUGUGGCGUGUCACUCAGUUGGAAGGUGAACUACUUCAUCAGUACAAGCUCAGGAUUUGCACUUUAGAGGAUAGACUGGAGUUAUGGCAGCUGUAUGACACAAGAUACCAACAAUUUCUUGCCUGGGCUAAAGACAUGGAGAUCAAAAUUGAAGGUGGCUCAGAACAGUACAUUGAUACUCUCAUUAGGAAACUUGAACAUGACUAUCAGGAAGAUAUCAAUACUAAAAGCAUUGAAAAACUUUGGCUUAUAUCUGAGGGUGAAGAAUUAAUAUCCUGCAGUAAUGAAGAUCAAGCUGCUGACUUGAAGGAGAAGGUAGAAAACAUUGAAGCAACCUGGAAGCAUAUUCAUGAUAAAUGUAAUAGCAGAAAACAGAAGCUUCAGGAUAUAGUUACCACCAUAAACAAAGCUGAGGUCACACUGGCUGAGCUGAAGGAAUGGCUCUUCUUAAUUGAGAAAAAGCUGUCAAGUCCUGUAAUUUUCCAAAAUAGCUCCAAGAAAGAAAUAGACCGUUUAUUAGAAGCAGAAGAAGAGAUAAGAAAGGAGAUCGAAAGGCAGAGUGGAACCAUAUCCUCAGUCUUAAACCUUUGUGAUAUGGUUAUUCGUGACUGUACAGAGUUUGAUGCUAAUGGUGAUACUGAUUCUUUGCAAGAAGCACAUCACAAUCUUGAACGUCGAUGGGGUGAGAUCUGCACUCGAUCUGCAGAAAGAAAAGCAUUUAUGAAAAAUACGUGGAAAAUGUGGCAGGACCUCAUUACAGUGAAUACUAGUUUUGAAACAUGGCUAACAAUGAUGGAGUCAAAAAUAAGUAAUAUAUCAUCCUCAUCAACACUUGUACCAUAUAGUGAAAUUGAGAAGAGGAUAGCCACAGUUCAUGAGCUGCAGCCAUUAAUCCAUGACCAAACACUCCAGUAUGAAAUUCUCAACCAGAACUACCGGGUGUUGGCAAGACCCUAUGGAAGAGAAAACAGAUUGGACCAAGCUAAUGAAAUCAGAACAAUGGUUAAGACUUCUAAUGCAAGAUUCCAUAUCCUUAGUUACCGUGUUACAGUUAUUUUAAGACGUCUGAUGUAUAGUAGAAAGCUAUAUGAAGAAUUUGAAAACAAGAGAGAGCAAUUAAUGGCUUGGCUUAAUGAUUUUGAUCUUAAAGUUUCUGAAUAUGAGCAUCAGCCUUCAGAUGAUCUGGAAAAUAAAAAGAAGACUCUUUUAGAACUAGUUGCUGAAUAUGAAAAAUAUGAAAGACAUUUAAAGAACUUUGAUGAUAUGAUUACCUACCUUUUCCAGAGGAGUUGCUAUUCUGAUUGCAUUAUCAUAGAAGAAAGCCUUACAGAGUAUUGGAUAACCAGAAAACACAUUCACUCAAACCUUUUGGCUUUGCAAGAGGCUAUUGAAAUUGAAAUCACUCAAAUCACAAUGAUAACUACAACAACCACACAAAUUUUAGAGACCCAAAAGACACUGAGAUUAUCUGAAGAAAGAUCACUUCAAGACCAAGAUGAUGAUUACAAAGUUCCUUUAGUGUCAGAUGCAGAGCUAUACAACUUGGAACCAACCCUUAGUUCAACAGAUAUGUCUCUGAUUGGUGCUGUGGGUGGCAGAUCCUUGGCUGUGGAGAUGCGUGUGGCACUUGAUGAGAGCAAGAGACUUUUGGCACAGUUAGAAGAAGCACUUAAAUGCCCUACACCACAGGGGGCUGAGGUUGACAAGAUGUACUAUUCCUUUUCCAAGCAGUUAGCAGGAUGUCGAUCAUCAGUAGACCUACUCACCUCCUUGGUACGACACACUGGCGAUGACAGCGAAGCAAGAGAGCUUCACCCUGAAAUAGAUGCUGCUAUAGAAGAAUUUAAACAAUUAGAGGUUCUUUCACAGGCCAAGCAACAAAGACUCAAAGAGAACAGCGAGACGUCUUCCUUGACGUGCCCGCUGUGUUGCAGACGUAACUGGCAACAGUUUGAAAAUGAUAUGUGGCGGCUGGAGCAGUGGUUAGCGCAUGCCGAGGCCACCCAGUCAACUCAGCACAGUCCACCUACACCAAUGGAGCAGUUAGAAGAAGUUGCUCAAGACCACAGGGAGUUCCUCAUGGAUCUUGAUGGCCACAAGUCAGUGAUAAUGUCACUGAACAUCAUCGGCAAGCAUCUAGCUGAACAUACACGUGAUGAGAGACGGGCUACACGAGUGAGAGAUCGUCUUACUGCUGCCAACCAGCGUUGGGAAGCAGUGUGUGCUGCAGCUUCUGUCUGGCAGGCAAAAUUGCAGACAACCCUAAUGGGUAAUGCAGAAUUCCACACUACCAUUUCUGACCUGUUGGCAUGGACAGACACAACAGAGGAGACUCUGAAAAUAGCAGCAGAAGAGGACAUGGAAGAGGCGGCUCUACGUGAGCGAGUUGGUCGUGUUUUGGAUGUACGGGCAGAAGUUGAGCGGUGUGAGCCACGUGUAGCAUCUCUGCAUGAGGCCGCACAGCACCUUCUUCCCACACAACAGGACGACCAGUGUGCUGCUGUACGCGAGCGCCUAGCACUUCUCUCUCGUCGUCUUCAGCUUCUUCUACAGAUGUGUUCACAGCACCUGACUCAGCUCUCCCAGUUGCUAGGUCAAGACUUCACAAGCUCCUUGGCAUCACUAGCAUCUUCAGGGCUGUACGAGUCUGCUGAGUUCUCUUGCUCGCGGCCAACUUCACCCAGCUCCCUGACAGCAAGCUUCCAUUCUGAUGCUCACAGUGAUGUAGGUGAUGGCAGCAAUGAGGGUGUUGUGCAGCGCUCAUACAGGUUCCUCGGGCGAGUGAUGCGUGCUGCCCUUCCCAUUCAAGCUCUUAUGCUGCUCAUGCUGGGAGUGGCCUCACUAGUCCCCACUUCUGAAGAUGACUAUGCUUGCAGCAUGGUCAAUAACUUUGCUCGCAGUUUCGACCCAAUGCUGCGAUACCCUAAUGGUCCACCUCCAUUCUAAGUCCCCCCGUAUCUUAAUCGCAACUCCCAAAGGAGUAUCCUGUCUUCCUAAGGAUCUGAAACUCGUGAUAAUUAUUUUAACCAAAUGCGACUCAAAAUAAACUACUUGGUCUAAUUAUUCUCAUGUGAAUGUAAGUUUUAUCUCUGGUAAAACGUACCUGUUAAAAGUGCAUAAAUAUAUAAUAUAUAUUAUAAUGUUCAGCUUACAGUUGCAUCUUGAUUAGUUUAGUGAGGCUCUGAAAAUGGUCAUAAUGUUUUAAUCAGUUUGUGGCUUAUAAUUAUAUGGUAAAGUUGUUGAUUUUAUCAAGUUUAAUACUAUUAAAUAUUUUAAUGGUGAUGUAAUGAUUAUAAAAGUUCCUUAAGUAAGUGCCCGCUGUUUUAAUUAUGGAUGAAGAGAACUGAUAAGCUUCAUCUUAUUUUUACAUAAUUCUUUGCCCAGGUUAAGGAUGCAGUGUUGUCUAUUACUGUGUAUAUAGUCGACGAGAUGCUUACUGUAGUAACUCUAUACCCAGACUAUACUUGACUUCCCAACUAUGGACAUCACCUGGUGCUAUUGUCUGAACACACUUUGGUGUUGGUGAUCCUGAAAGCUGUUACAGAACUGAUGAGUAGGUGCUAUAAGAAUUUAUCAUGACCUUAAGAAAUUAAAAUUUAUAUUAAUAUUUAAUUGAGACUAAUAUGAUGUAAUAGUGAAUAUAUUUUACUCUUAAUUGAUGGACUCAGGUUGAAGAGUUGGUUAGUAAUUUAAGAGAAGUGGAAGUGGUGAUACUGUAGUCUAUAGAAGUCUUUCAGUCAUCAUUAGGUAAUUUUGCAUUAGCAGUAGAUAAAUUAUCUGCUGCUUA